AGCUCUCGUUGUUUGUUUACAAGCUGGGAACUUCCUGCCUUAGUAGCUUUGUCCAAAGUAAGCUAAUCGGUUGAUUCAACUUUAUCUUUCAAGAUGGGAUGUGAUGGUGGCACGAUUCCUAAAAGACACGAGUUGGUGAAAGGCCCCAAAAAAGUAGAGAAGGUUGAUAGAAAUGCAGAGCGAGCUGCCAAAUGGAAAUACUGUGCCUUGAGCCAGGAGAAACUCAGACGCCCCAUUGUUUCCUGCGAGGUGGGAAGACUCUACAACAAAGAUGCUAUCAUUGAAUACCUUCUGGAUAAGACUGCUGACAGACCCAAUAUGGAGGUUGUUACUCACAUCCGUGGGAUUAAGGAUAUUAAAGAGCUGAAUUUGACUGAUAACCCUGAGUGGGCGGGAGAGAGAAGUAAUACUAAAGGAGACGUAUAUGAGGACCUCCACUGCGGCAUGUUCAUUUGCCCAGUUGUUGGGUUGGAGAUGAAUGGCAAGCACAGGUUCUGUUACCUGCAGACUUGUGGCUGCGUCUUUUCUGAUAGGGCCCUGAAAGAGAUCAAGACAGAUAUCUGCCACAAGGUGAGAGAUGUUGCUAUUUUUUUCCCCAGUCACUUUGUUCCAAGUUUCUGACCAAGACACUAUGAC